AUGAAUUUUAUCAUAUUGGCAAUCUUUGCGAUUAUCCUUGGCCCAAACUGGAUAGCAGAGGGCUAUAUGAAACGUAAAAACUACGUAACCUCAGCGGAGGAGAAAAUGAACUUGCUGGAUAAAGAUAAGGAGCUCAUUAUCCUACUCAAUAGUUAUGCGGUUGAACUGGAGAACAAGAUCAACGAGCUAAAAGGGAUAGCGGAAGAGUUGAAAAAGCCUUUAAAGGAAGCUCAAGGCAGGGAAGAAGAGUAUCUGUCCCAUCCUUUAAACAGAUUAUCCCUCAUCCUUCAAAUGCACGAGGAUUGGGAGCCGCUGGUGAAGUUAAUGCAGCAGCCAGUGGGUCAAUGGCCAAUUGGUUCAAUUGAGAAGCUGCGAGGGGAACUUCCUAUGCAAGAUGAUGUCAAUGAGGCAAAUCAUGCCAUGUUUCGCAUAAUUCAAGCUUAUGGUUUGGAGCCCAAGGAUGUGGCCAGAGGAUUGUUGGAUGGCGUGCAAUACAGUGGCGGCCUAUCUGCUAAAGAUUGCUAUGCCAUGGGAAAGUUCUCCUUCAAAGCGGGUUAUUACCAAAUAGCCUCCAAAUGGCUGAGCACAGCAAAGGAUUUGUUAAUAAAACAGCCACGUAAAUACCAUGAGAUGAUCGGGGUCACAAAAAUGGAUAUUACCCUGCUACUUGCUCGUUCUCUGGUUGCCAAUGAGAAUAUAUCUAUCGCACGGGACAUCCUGAUGAAAGAUCCCAUGUUCAAUAAAACUAGUAAAACACUAUCUAUGCACUUUAUUAAAAAUCCACCGAAGCCAACUAUCAACUUGGAGACCUGGGAAUCCGGAGGAUCCUUCUCUGAUCUCUGUCGCUCUGCAAGCAGAAAACACUCCGUAGUAACCAACUCCACGAGACUUCACUGUCGGUAUAAUUCCACAACUUCGCCGUUCAUAAAACUAGCCCCCUUUCGAAUGGAGGUACUUUCGCUAGAUCCCUAUAUAAUGCUCUAUCAUAAUGUUCUAAGCGAUUUCGAGAUCGAGAAGUUGGAGCAGAUGAGUGAACCAUUUUUAGAGCGAACGACAGUAUUUCGUGCGGAAAACGGAACCGAACAGGUUGCCCCCAGUCGUUCCGCAGAUGGAGUUUGGUUACCUCAUCGGCAAACGAAACCCGAUGAUCUCAAGGUUCUAAACCGCAUAGAACGGAGAAUUGCUGAUAUAACGGGUUUAAAUUUGCACACUGGAAGACAAAUGCAGUUUAUGAAAUACGGUUUCGGAGGACACUUUGUGCCGCACCACGACUAUUUCGAUUCGAAAAGCAGUUUUUUAGAGGAGGCUGGGGAUCGUAUUGCCACUGUUCUGUUUUAUCUUAAUAAUGCGGAUCACGGCGGAGCCACUGUUUUUCCCCAAUUAAAUUUAGCUGUGCCAACUCAAAAAGGAUCGGCUUUAUUUUGGCACAACCUUAAAGGGGAGUCCUAUGAUUAUGAUAUAAAAACCUUUCAUGGCGCCUGUCCUCUGAUAUCUGGCAAUAAGUUGGUAAUGACAAGAUGGAUUCACGAGUUGGAUCAGAUGUUCCUUCUGCCCACUGUACAUCCACCUCGCAAUUGUAGCUUCAGCAGAACGCUUUCUAAAAUAACUUAA